CGUCUCAGAAGAUACAAUUAUGUCUCCUGACAGACCUCUGGUAGAUUCUCCUACAGAAAUAUCUCCUGUUCAGAAUGUCUUACCUGAGGAACCAGUGCAGACAACUCCUACAAAACUCAAAGAGGUUUUGCCUAAUCCCCCCACAGAAGGGUUGCCAAAAUCUCUGACAGAUAAGGAUGUUGUCGAAAUCACAUAUAUGACCACAGUGCCAGAAAUUCUGUCACCCACUACACCUGUAAAUACCUCACCUGAUGCUGUAUCAACGGAGGAUGGAUCCAAAGACAUUGAAAUUGUUACAUUAUAUGGCAAAGAUGAGGAGGAAGAGACACCCUACACUAAACCUACACCAGAGAUGACAACAAAUGAAGAACUACCGGAUACCAUGACAGAGAGUACUCCUGCAGUGUUUAAGGAAUCACAUGAGCCUAUCAAUGUCUCAACUGAGUUUGAAGAUUAUCAUUCAGGUAAGGAAGAGGGCAUUAUAACUGAGUCCCCAGAAGUUGCUGAGGUCACAGCUGGAGAGACAUCUAGAUUUACACAGGAAACUGCAGAAGGUACUGAAUCUGUGUUUACUGAGAAAUGCAUGCAUGUUGAUGAGGACUUAACUAUCACUGUGAAACCUGGUGAGAUGACAACAGAGGCAACACAAGUUGCUGGGGUUGAAUUUGAAGACAUUGGCACAGACAAAGUAACAGUUCAUGAAAACACGCUUGAAGAUUUUGUUGGAGGAACAAGUGAAGCUACCACUGAAUUAAGUGAUGUAACUGAAGCUUACAUCUUAGAAGUAUCAUCUGAGGAAAGUUCUGAAGAAACUUCUACUAAGAGAAAAGAAACUACUAAGACCACAAGUCAGACCACAACUGCAAUAACACCAGAGACCACGCUUGAUACUUCUUUUAACAUUGGUACCUCUGAAACUGACAUUCUAGGGUUUGUAACUGAAGGCAUGGAAGAUGAGCUAGAAGACACAACUAAAAUGGAUGAAGGUGAUGAGGAAACACUUUUUAAAGUUUUUGAAGGCACAAUGCCAGAUCUUACUAUUAAUGGGAUGGAAAAAGAUAUGUUGACAACUGCCAUAGACAAGGACAUACAUGAAGUUACAGAGCCACCCAAAAUUCCAGAGGACAUACAUACAGUUGCAGUGGAAAUCACACAUGAAGUCACAUAUGGGCAUGAGACCAGAGACUCCUUACCUGAGACUCCUAAAGUUGCAACAGAGACACCUAAAGUCAUUACAGAAGCUGAUGUCAUAACAAAGAGAACUCAUGUCAUAUCUCAAGUGCCCAAAGUUAUACUGAAAACAAGUGGAGCCAACUCAGAGACACCUGAGGUCACAUCUCAGACACCUUUGUCAAUAUCUGACCUUUCAAAGGUACCUGAGAGAUUACCAGAAACACCUGAGAUACACGUGGUCCAUCCAGAACCUUCAGAGGACGAUAUCCCAACACCUAUCUUGAAAGUGGAGGAUAUCACAGUUGUACUAAAUGACUUGACAACUACUAUUCAAAAGACUUUCUCCACCACAUUACAAAACUUGCCACAGGACAUUUCUAAUGAUAUUUUAGAUGAAAGCAGCAAGAUUGGAAAUGAAGUUGAUGACAUUAUGGUCCGACCAGCACGUCCUGUCGGUGAUCAUAUUGUGGAGUUGAGUAUUAAGAUAAGAGGUGAAAGCUAUGAUGAUGCUCUGAGAGAUCCAUCAAGUUACUACUAUCAGUAUAUAUCAGAACUGUUCAUCGAUAAGAUUGAAGAAGUUUUUAAAAGGCUCCCAGGUUUUAAGAAAAUACUUGUCCUUGAAUUCAGGCCACAGAAGGACAUUGAAGGUGGCCUGGCAGUGGUGGUGCACUAUGCUGUGGUUCUUGAGGGCGAUGGUGUGGGCAUAAGUAAUGAGACCAUGGAUUACAUAAACCUACAUUCCAACAUGGUUGAGAACUCCUUCACAGAUCCCGAUGAGCUACCUACUGUUGUCUACACCAUCACUGACUUCCGAAACUACAUCACCGAAGCCCUCCACAGGGAGAAUUUCAUCAGAAACACCACUCUGGAAGUGGACCCUGAUUCUUUACAACUGGAAAAUGUAGAGACAUUGCUGCCUUCCAAACCAACCAGCAGAGCGCUUGACUCCAGUGACAUGAUGGAUAAUGUUCUUGCUUCUGAGAAACCACCAGAUGUUACCAGGCAGGAAUUAUCCAACAAUGACAUCUUCAUUACAAAUCAUGACUUCCUUGACCACAUUCACAUGACAGAUCCUUGGAUGGAAGGACAGAGUGAGGACACAAAUGAUGUAAUCAUCUUUGAAGAAAGUGACACUCUAUCUCACACAGAUGUUUCUUUGAAGAACUUUGACACUGAGCUUUCCUCUAAAGUUGAAACAUCAAACAGUGCACCUGCUCCUGGUACAGAGAAUGAUGGUAUUCUUGAAGAGGAGGGAUUCUUACAGACUGCAACUACAGUCAGUCCUAUCACAGGCACGAUAGCUGUAGUUGCCUUACCUACGGAAUCACUUCACAAGUUGGAAGAGACCUCAGUUUCUAAUGUGGAACCUCCUGAUGUAGAGUUGACUACUCAGAGUGACUUGAUAGACCUGGGUUCAGGCUCAGGUUUCUCUGGAGACCAUAUAGGUCCUGACAUUUGGCCUUGGGAGUCAGGAACACCAGAAGAAAUCUUGAAGGAAGGUGAGGUACACCAACCUCAGGAUGCUCAGGAAUCUACAGUGGAACAGCUUGAGCAUCCCCACCAAGAUCUGACACCCGAGGAGCCAUUCUUGGACAGGGUUCUUGUGACACAAGACAUAAGUACUAAUCCUCACUACACAACAACUGACCAAGCUCCGGUUUUUUGGACUAUGGAGACAUUGACUGUGGAGCUUUCUAUGCAGACCCAAGUAGCUCCUGAACAAUAUGAUGACUAUAUUCCAGAUGAAUCUACCACUAUGGUUACACAUGUGACCAGUCAACCCUUACUUUAUGUCUAUAAUUCAGCAGAAACCCAAGAUGUGGAUGGAUCAAAAAGUCCUGAUACAAUCAGUUCACCUGUUGAUAAGGACUAUACAGAACGACUUGUUACACCCACUGUGAUCCCACCAAGCACAGCAGUGGACAUGGAUGACCAAACUACUUCAUCUGAAAACAAUCAGAGUCAGGGAACACUGGCCUCCACAACAAAGUCAAAUGAGAUGCCUUCAACCACCCAAUUACCUGUAAUCCUAGAAAUUGAUACAGUUUUUUUGGAAGGUCCUACCACUUAUUCAGAAGCUGUUGAGCAUCCUGUAACCCAAGGUAUCACAGAGUUACCUGCACUCUUAUUGACAGAGGCAGAAGGGUCAGAUGAAGAAGUCAAUAUUCUAGAUGAGGAAAUGGAAGACAUCAAGCUUAUGCCCACAGAAAGCCCAGUAACUGAACUUUCAGAAGAGGAUUUAGCUGGGGAUGAGAUAUUGGUCGCAACAAUAGACCCAACAACAAUAGCUACUGAGGAACCGAGUUUGGAUCAUUCAGCUUCCCUGUCUCCCGAGAAGGACUCUCCGUUCACUCGGAUAUCACAUUCAUCAGUAGAAGAUGAACCAUUGCCAGAAUCAACCACAGAACCUCUACCUACCCAAUCAUCUACUCAUCUGAUGACAGCAGAGACUCCAACUGAUGUGAUACACACUGAUAUUGCAACUGUUGCAAAGGAGACUGUUUUAUCAGAGAAUGCUGAAGACGGAGUCUCAACUAUAAUAUUUCAGUCAUCCACAAUGUCUGUCAUUCCAGAUGUUUCAGAUCAUUCAGAGUCCCUUAGUUCCACCACUGUACCAUCAUUUUAUCAGCCAACAUUCAAAUCUACCAAUCAGAUAAUUUCAGAUGACUCUGUACAAGAGCACACAGUAGGAUCAAGCCCUGACAUCACAGGCCUCAUUCUUCCUAGAAAACCAGUGAACUCUGACAGUACUACUUUGAAAGUUCCUGUUCCAGUAAAUCCCAGCGUAAAAGAGUUUGAUGUUUCAUUUGACAUAUUCCCAUUUGAUGGGCCAAACCAUGAUGAAGACAAAGGUAGCGGAUUUGCUCGUGGGGCUGACUUGGCAAGUAUUGCCUUGCCAGCCAGUCCUGGAAGGGCGUUAAUAGUGUUUUUCAGCCUCAGGGUCACCAACAUGAUGUUUUCUGAAGAUCUGUUCAACAAGAGCUCUACCGAAUACAAGGCUCUUGAGCAGCAAUUUAUGGAGCUGCUCGUACCAUAUCUGCAGUCCAACCUCAGCAAUUUCCAGAAUUUAGAGAUCUUGAACUUCAGGAAUGGAAGCAUUGUGGUGAACAGCAGGAUGAAGUUUGGCAAGCCAGUUCCCAAUGGUGUGACAACAGCAGUGUACCUUAUCCUAGAAGACUUCUGCAAUACUGCUUACCAAACUAUGAAUCUUGCAAUAGACAAGUAUUCAUUGGAUGUUGAAUCAGGUGACCAGGCUGAUCCAUGCAAGUUCCAAGCAUGCAAUGAGUUCUCCCAGUGUUUAGUCAACCGCUGGACAGGCGAGGCAGAGUGUGUUUGUAACGCUGGCUAUUUUAGCGUGGACGGGCUUCCAUGUCAGAGUAUCUGUGACAUACAGGAAGACUUCUGCCAGAAUGAUGGGAAAUGUGACAUCAUACCUGGCAAGGGUGCCAUAUGCAGGUGUCGAGUUGGUGAAAACUGGUGGUAUCGAGGCGAACACUGUGAGGAGUAUGUGUCAGAACCACUGGUGGUCGGCAUCGCCAUCGCCUCAGUCGCAGGGUUCCUCCUUGUGGCGUCGGGCAUGAUCUUUUUCCUCGCCAGAACUCUGCGAGACCAGUAUGAAACGGAUGAUUCAGAAGACCCUUUACGAUAUUCAGAGAACAUGCCAUCUCUAGAAAGAGCCACUAAGUACAAUCCCAUGUUUGAAAGUGAAGCUACUACAGGGUAUAAUAAAUACUACCGCCGUUACCCAGAUACCCCUGCGUACAGCACUGCCAGCGCUGAGGCCUCCACGGACUUCAGCAGCGAGGAAAUACGACACAUUUAUGAGAACAGUGAACUUACGAAAGAGGAAAUCCAGGACCGCAUUCGAAUUAUCGAGCUGUAUGCCAAGGACCGCCAGUUUGCAAAUUUUGUCCGACAGCACCAAGUGGCAAUUGACACUAGACAAGAGAGCUCUUCCAAUUAGUGAUGCAACCAGCAAAACCUAAGACACAUGCCUUUUUUUCUUGAAUGCAAGAAGAGGUCCUCUUCUGCCAUGGUGGACUUUGAUGGGAGAUAGUUUGUGGAGAUGUAAAUGGACGUUUGAUUUUAUGUGCUUAUGGAUGAGUGUGCAACCAUCACGAUGAUGGAUUGACAGAUAGUGAUCUGAUGUAGAAAAAAUAUGUAUUUGUGAUUAUGUUUACUAUUGUUACUGAUGGCCUGAAUUAUUACUGCAUUGUCAAGGCCAUAUUCAUAAACACUUGUUAGUGACACAUAUCUGUAUCAGCUGAACAUACCAGAUAAUGCAAAUAUAUAUACGGACUUCAUGUUGGUUCCUCUAUUUUUUAAUGGAAAACCUAUAUUUCAUUCUUAUGGUUUUGAAUUUUCCAGUGCCUUCACUUUGAUUGUUGCUUUUCGUUUUUAUUUGCAAUGCGGGACAUAAUUUCUUGUGACGUAAAAUACUGACUGACUGAAGAGAGAACAUUUGAUAAUAGUUAUACUAUUUUAAUGAAUACAGAGAAGAGUAUUUCUAUAUCUAUAUUUACAACUUUAGUGUUUAGCCCUCAUGGCUUUUUGUUAUCGUUGUUGUUGUUGUUAAAACAGCUUAUUGACUAAGAAUUUUCCUUAUACAAAUUUGAUUUUUAAUUUUCAAUGUUUCUUUUAGUAAUGUGUUUUGUGUUUAGUGACUAUCCUGAAGUAAAUUUUUUCUACUUUUGUAAAACACUUGCCACACACAAGUUAUUUAAUCCAAAGUCAAUGUCCACUAUCAUGACAGAUUGUUCUAUUUAUGUAUAUUUUUAAUAUUGUUGAUUUCCACGGUGAUUUUCAAGGUGGUCACAGCACAAGUUCUAUUUUAUGAAUAAAGAAUAGUGCACAA